CAGGAUGCCUAACAUCAAGAUCUUCAGCGGCAGCUCGCACCAGGACCUCUCGCAGAAGAUCGCCGACCGGCUGGGCCUCGAGCUGGGCAAGGUCGUCACCAAGAAGUUCUCCAACCAGGAGACCUGCGUGGAGAUCGGCGAGAGCGUCCGCGGGGAGGACGUGUACAUCGUGCAGAGCGGCUGCGGGGAGAUCAACGACAACCUGAUGGAGCUGCUGAUCAUGAUCAACGCCUGCAAGAUCGCCUCGGCCAGCCGCGUCACGGCCGUCAUCCCCUGCUUCCCCUACGCGCGCCAGGACAAGAAGGACAAGAGCCGGGCCCCGAUCUCCGCCAAGCUGGUGGCCAACAUGCUCUCCGUGGCCGGCGCGGACCACAUCAUCACCAUGGACCUGCACGCCUCUCAGAUCCAGGGCUUCUUUGACAUCCCCGUGGACAACCUCUAUGCUGAGCCAGCCGUCCUAAAGUGGAUCAAGGAGAACAUUGUUGAGUGGAAGAACUGCACCAUUGUCUCUCCUGACGCUGGGGGAGCCAAGAGAGUGACUUCCAUUGCUGAUCGGCUGAAUGUGGACUUUGCCCUUAUUCAUAAAGAGAGGAAGAAGGCCAGCGAGGUAGACCGCAUGGUGCUGGUAGGAGAUGUGAAGGACCGGGUGGCCAUCCUUGUGGAUGACAUGGCAGACACCUGUGGCACCAUCUGCCACGCAGCAGACAAGCUGCUUUCAGCUGGUGCUACCAAAGUUUAUGCCAUCCUGACUCAUGGGAUCUUUUCUGGGCCAGCCAUUUCCCGAAUCAACCACGCCUGCUUUGAAGCAGUUGUAGUCACAAACACAAUCCCCCAGGAGGACAAGAUGAAACACUGCCCUAAAAUCCAGGUGAUUGAUAUCUCCAUGAUCCUGGCUGAAGCCAUUAGGCGGACUCACAACGGGGAAUCUGUCUCUUAUCUCUUCAGUCAUGUCCCUUUAUAACUGUAGAUGCUGCUGCUUGGGUGGCUUUUUGAAAAACCAAAAUUUGUUUUAAGUUCAGUA